AUGACAAUACCCAACCCCGCUGGCCACUCACAACCGCGGUUGCAGCGCGACAACGAUCGAGUAACGUCAGUGGUGUUCUCAUCCGUAAACUUCAUCAUCUCUGUCGAAUCAAAUUUAUACAUCGCGAUUAACGACCUCACUUGCUCCGUCAGUUCUCACGACUCGUCACUCCUUUUCACCAUGACCGCCUCCGAGCAACUUCUAGCCGCCCUCCAGGGAAUCGAUUCCGGUUCCUACUCCAACGAGGCAGAAAGGGUGCAGGCCAGAGAUGCUCUCUUCAAUGCUUUGCGGAAGGUGCAAUCACCAUGGGAUAUCGCGUGGGAUCACAACUGGGUCAACACCGCUGUCAACGCAGCUAUCAAGACCCUCAUAGAUGCCGGCGUCUUCACCAAAUGGGCAGAGGCUGGUGGAGAGCCCAUCACCUGCACCGAGCUGGCGAAGCUGACCGGAGGAGACACUAUACUCAUCAGACGCAUGAUGAGAUGUAUCGGUGGGCAGAACCUCGUCAUUGAGACGGCAGAAGACACCUACGCCCGCACGCCCUGGGCCAAGACCCUGGCCGAAGACAAGUCAUUUCCAAGCAUGUACGGCGGGUUCUACCACGAGCUCAACAGCCCCAUGUUCCGGACCCUGCCCUUCUUCCUCAAGGAGACGGGCUACAAGAACCCGACCGACGUCAACGACUGCAACUUCCAGUACUGGCGCGGCAAGGACGCCAACAUGUUCCAGUACUGCGGCACCAACCCGCUGCUCACCGACGACUUCAACAACACGAUGGAGUGCCACUCCAAGUACAACCUCACGCCGUGGCCCGUCGUCUACCCGACGGACGCCCUCGUCGCGGGCGCGAAGCCCGGCCGCGCACUCGUCGUCGACGUCGGCGGCGGCAAGGGCCACGACCUGAAGAAGUUCCUGGCGCGCCACCCGGACGCGCCCAUGGGCAGCCUCGUGCUGCAGGACCUGCCGGACAUCCUGAAGAACGUCGAGAGCGGCGACAACGCGGCCAUCACGAUCCAGCCGCACGACUUCUUCACGCCUGAGCCCGUCAAGGGCGCGCGAGCGUACUUCAUGCACAACGUGCUGCACGACUGGCCGGACGCCACGGCCAAGCGCAUCAUCGAGAACAUCGCCGGCGCCAUGGAGAAGGGCUACUCCAAGCUCCUGGUCCACGAGAGUCUGGUCACCGACGUGAAGCCCCUGUCGCGCGUCACCGUGUCGGAUAUCACCAUGAUGGCGUGUCUGGCAGCGGCGGAGCGGUCCGAGAGCCAGUGGCGCGACCUCAUGGCCAGCGCUGGGUUGCGCGUUGUCAAGGUGUGGAGACCGGUGCAGUCUGUUGAGAGUAUCAUUGAGGCGGAACUUGCGUAA